GUCAAAAUGAUUUAAGUUUUGGCUUUCACAUGGCCAUUGCAGGAAUCAAUCAUUAAACAAGUUAACAAUGACCCUAAUGCUGGAUAGGAAGCUGCCAUGAAUCCUCGAUUAUCUAAUUAUACAAUGAGUCUACAAAUGGCAGAAACAUUUUAUGAUUACCUUUUUUCCCUUUUACUUGCUUGACACAUCAAGUGAUGGUUUUGUUAUAUGCUUUCUGUAAGCAAGUGCUUCUUCUGAUGCACAGGUUGGGCAAUUUAAGCACCUUCUUGGAGUCAAACCAACACCUCGAAAGGAUUUGAUGAGUAUCCCUCUUAUAACUCAUCCAAAAUCAUUUAAGUUGCCAAGUGGUUUUGAUGCAAGAACUGCUUGGCCAGAGUGUAGCACAAUUGAAAGAAUACUAGGUUAGUUACUUGCUUGGUUUAUACUUUGUCAUUAAAAGAUACUUUCAGAAUUCCUGAUGGUAAGCUUUUUUAUGUGUCAAAUGCUGGCCCAAUUUCACUACUGGAGACCAGGGUCACUGUGGUUCUUGUUGGGCGUUUGGUGCUGUGGAAGCACUAUCAGAUCGUUUUUAAAUCUAUUUUGGCAUGCAUGUUGUGGCUUUAUGUGUGGUGCUGGUUGUGAUGAGGGGCAUUCAAUUUAUGCAUGGCAAUACUUGGUCCACCAUGAUGUUGUCACUGAAGAGGAUUUUGCUCACUACAAAUCUGGAGUUUACAAACACGUUGCUGGUGAUGUAAUGGGAGAUCAUGCUGCAAAGUUAAUUGGGUGGGGAACAAGUGAUUCUGGGGAGGACUAUUAGGAUGAUUACUUCAUGAUCAAAAGAGGGAUAAACGAGUGUGGUAUCAAAGACAAUGUGCUUGCAGGUUUGCCUUCAACCAAAAAUCUUGUUAGAGAGUUUGCAAUUGUGGAUGCUGUUGCAGAUGUGUCAGUUUGACAGUAAAUUAUUCAUCCCAUGAGAACUUUUAUUCAUGAAAGUUGUGAGCUGGAAGUGGUAAAAUAUGGAUAACUAGGCCAUCCAGGCAUCAAAUGUUACCAACUGAAUGCUAGUUGUGUGUGAGUACCAAUGAGACUAAUUGAUUCUGUACAAAUAAUCUUGUUGAGACUGGAGCAUUGGAUCUAUAUGUACAAAAGAAUAAGGUCCUAUUGAUGCAA